AUGGAUGUUACUCGUAUCAUUCAAAGCGAGCCUUGGUGUUUUGACAAACACCUUGUUGUGUUGGAAUCGUUUGACGAUGAUGUUCCUGCUUGUGAGCUGCAAUUUCGAAAAGCCAUGUUUUGGGUCCAAGUGCACAAUAUUCCAAUCCGUUUCAUGAUGAGGGGAGUGGCUAAAAGCAUUUGUGAUAUUAUUGGUGAGGUGGGUAGGUCAAUUGGUGAAGUAGAGGAAGAUGAUGGUAGUUUUAUUCGAGUAAAGGUGACUUUGGAUAUUUCACUACCUUUAUGUAGAGACCAGUUAGUUUCAUUUGAGAAUGGAAAGAAAUUCUGGGUCAAGUUCAAAUAUGAAAGACUACCCAAUAUUUGCUAUUGGUGUGGUCACUUGGAUCACGGUGAUAAGGAUUGUAAGUUGUGGAUUGAAAGUAAAGGUACUCUUACCCCUGAUCAUAAGCAAUUUGAUUAG